CAGUCUUCUUCAGACUGAGAUCUGUCUUUUUCUCAAAAACUAUAUUUCCUGUGGAAAAACUCCCCUCUGAAUCAUUUCAAAGUAUCUCCCUCGAAGAACCUGAGAAAAGGAAGACAGAGGCAAGCAGGAGGUUCUGCACGCAGGUGAUACGAGAUGCCAGAGACAUCCAGUGAGAAUGUGAGAUGUGGACAGCACCAAGCUAACCCACAACGUGACAAGAUCAAACAGCUGGAGGACUCACGCCCUCCUCCUCUUCUUUCUCCUCCUCCUCCCCCUCCUCCUGACCAUCAGACCAUGGACAUGGUAUCACCACCUGCCUCAGAAAGUCAGUGUUGGAGCAGUAUAGAAGGCAUAAGGCAGAAGCAACAGAGACCAUCAGUGCUGCGUCAAGUUUUCCAAACAGCUUCCAGACAACAACAUGUGCAUCCAGAUAAUAGUGCACUCGUCUUCUGUUGCAAGGAAGAGGUGGAUGCAAGCCGUCUUUCCCAGUCCUCUUCACCACAGAUGGGCUCCUCUCACAGGCAAAGCCAUGACUUGCUCCCUUUGAGAAGAGACGUUCCAAAACAGAGUUCCAUCGGGGCCAGGCUUCAUGAUGGCAUCCCUGAGGUGACCAGUGCUCUGUUUGUGAGUGGCCUCUGCCGCUGGCCUGGCUGUGAUGCAGUGUCUAAAGAUUUUCCUAGCUUCUUAAAGCAUCUCCAUUCUGAACACAGUCAUGGUGACAGAAGCAUGGCUCAGUGGAGGGUCCAGCAAGAUAUUGUUCAGUGCAUGGAGAGUCAGCUCAUCCUGGAAAAACAGAAACUCACUGCGAUGCAACUUCAUCUGCACCUUUCUGAACACAAAUACACUGAUUUGAGGGCAGUUUCCGAGUGGCCGCACAGCCUUCCUCUGUUCUUGCCACAGCCUCAAGUGACAGAUGGAGACAGAGUGCAACAAUGGUGCAUUAAACAUCUAGAGGAGUUGUCCCAGCAUGGCUACAGAGCUACUGGUUCUUCUAACCUUCUGCCAGAUUUGGUCCCAAGUAUUGACUGUUACAAAUACAACAACAUCAGGCCUCCAUACACCUAUGCCUACUUGAUAAGAUGGUCCAUCCUGGAGUCUCCAGACAAACAGCGCACUCUUAAUGAGAUUUACAACUGGUUUACUACCAUGUUCUUCUACUUCAGACACAACACUGCUACCUGGAAGAAUGCAGUGCGUCACAACCUCAGCCUACACAAGUGUUUUGUACGAGUAGAGGGAGGAAAGGGAGCUGUGUGGACAGUGGAUGAAACAGAGUACCAGAGGAGGAAGGGACAGAAGUAUAACAGGGACUGUCCUGUCAAGUGGCUCACAUCCUACUCUCAUGCCUGUACAGAGGAUCCCUGAAUACCAGCAAAUGGCAGCACUGAGCUGCUGGAGUCAUAUCCAUAUGUAGUGGUAACCAGAACUGCAUGAAGAACUGAAGAGAUCUGUUGACUGAUUGUCUGCUUUCAUUUCAUAUUAUUUUCAAAAAACUUA